AAACAACUUUUUGUGGAGGAGAGAAAGCGAGAUAACACACACACAGAGAUACACAUCUUCAAUAGUUAAGAGUUUUCUAUAUACAGAAGAAGCGAGAGAGAGAAGUGAGACAGAUACAAAAGUUAAUAUCUCCCCCUCUCUCUCUCUCUUGGUGACUUCUCUUUUCCUUUGGGUCUAGUGGUGGGGGUUCUCUCUUUCUGUAACACAUAUAUAUAAAUAAAAAUAAAUAAGAAUAAUCAGGUUUUAUAUAAAAUUGCAAAAGAAAUGCAGCAGCACCUGAUGCAGAUGCAGCCCAUGAUGGCUGGUUACUACCCCAGCAAUGUCACCUCUGAUCAUAUCCAGCAGUACUUGGACGAGAACAAAUCGUUGAUUCUGAAGAUAGUUGAGUCUCAAAAUUCAGGAAAGCUCAGCGAGUGUGCCGAGAACCAGGCAAGGCUUCAACGAAACCUAAUGUACUUGGCUGCAAUUGCUGAUUCUCAGCCUCAACCUCCAAGUGUGCACAGCCAGUAUGGAUCUGCUGGUGGUGGGCUGAUUCAAGGAGAAGGAGGGUCACACUAUUUGCAGCAGCAACAAGCAACUCAACAACAGCAGAUGACUCAGCAGUCUCUAAUGGCGGCUCGAUCCUCAAUGUUGUAUGCUCAGCAGCAGCAACAACAGCCUUAUGCGACGCUUCAGCAUCAGCAACUUCACCAUAGCCAGCUGGGGAUGAGCUCGAGCAGCGGAGGAGGAAGCAGCGGACUCCAUAUCCUUCAGGGAGAAGCUGCUGGUGGGUUUCAUGAAUUUGGCCGUGGGAAGCCGGAAAUGGGGAGUGGUGAAGGCAGAGGAGGAAGCUCAGGGGAUGGUGGAGAAACCCUUUACUUGAAGUCAUCAGAUGAUGGGAAUUGAAAGAGUGUGGCACAAGGAAUCUGAAUGAUGAAGCAGCAGCAGAUGAAGUAUUAGUAAUAGUAGGAGUCUGAAGUUAGUGUAUUUUGGUUUAGUUGCUUGUUGAAGAAGCAAAGAACUCUUAUUUACUUUUUUGUGUUUUUUAUUUUCUCUAUGUUUGUUCCCUAAAAAAAGUGAACUCUUUCGUGGUAGUGUACCAUGUAAAUCUGCUCG